CCAGCCAGACAAGGGCAAGCGGGGCACGCGGGGCCUCGCCUAGACCCAAGAGAGCUGCGGGCGCGCGCAGGCGGCGGAGCGGAUCCUGCGAGCGCCCCCAUCCCGAAGGUUGCCUCGCUGUUCCGCGGGAAGAAACUCACUAAUUCACUUUACAUGUGAAGGUCAAGUAGAGGAGGAAGCAGCCCUGCGGUGUAGAGAAAUCAUCUGCCCAAAGGUUACACUUUAAAGAGGUGAAUCUACCCCUGGCUGACUUUAGAAUUCUUCUGGCUUUUAAUUUUUUUCUUUUUAAAAUAAGACGGAUAAAAGAUGUGCCAUGGCAGGAUAGCACCAAAGAGUACCGCAGCGUCUGCCGUGGCCUCAGUGGGACAUGGAGUGUUCCUUCCGCUGGUGAUCCUUAGCACCCUCCUUGGGGACGGACUUGCCUCAGUGUGUUCCCUGCCCCCGGAGCCAGAAAAUGGUGGCUUUGUCUGCCACCCCCGGCCCUGCAGAGACCCCCUGAACUCUGGCAGUGUCAUCGAGUACCUGUGUGCUGAAGGCUACAUGUUGAAGGGUGAUUACAAAUACCUGACGUGUAAGAAUGGCGAGUGGAAGCCAGCCAUGGAGAUUAGCUGCCAUCUCAAUGAGGACAAAGACACCAACACGUCACUCGGGGUCCCCACACUGUCCAUAGUGGCUUCUACUGCCAGCUCCGUGGCGCUCAUUCUCCUCCUCGUGGUACUGUUUGUGCUGCUGCAGCCAAAGCUGAAGUCUUUCCAUCACAACAGGCGUGACCAGGGGAUAUCUGGGGACCAGGUCUCCAUAAUGGUGGAUGGAGUCCAGGUUGCACUACCGUCGUAUGAAGAGGCUGUGUAUGGCAGUUCCGGUCACUGUGUGCCGCCCGCUGACCCCAGAGUGCAGAUUGUGCUGUCAGAAGGGUCUGAGCCUAGUGGGAGGAAUGGGCCAAGGGAGCAGCAGCUGCAGGACCAGGGGGCCUGUUCCUCUGCAGGUGGAGAGGAGGAGGCCCCGGGCCAGUCUGGACUAUGUGAAGCCUGGGGCUCUCGGGGCUCAGAGACUGUUAUGGUGCAUCAGGCAACCACCUCUUCCUGGGUGGCCGGCUCAGGGAACAGCCAACUGGCACACAAAGAAGCGCCAGAUUCAGAGAACAGUGACAUACAAAGCCUUUUAUCCCUCACAUCGGAGGACUAUACAGAUGAUAUCCCACUGUUGAAAGAAGCAUGAGGGCUGCCACCGGCCUCUCCUCUCUGCAAUGGUCCUCUCUGUCCUUUUUCCCUCUCUCCGUGAGUUUGAGCACCCUGUACUCCAGCCACCCUGCCCAGAUACCUGAGCUACCACCUGUGGAUCUGUGGAUCUCUGAAGGCCUGCAGACCCACAUCGCUGGAAACUCAAGGAAGAUUCUCGCCAUCUGCCUGCUAGACAGCUGGCUUUUUGCCUGGCCCAGCCUUCCCGUCUGUGUCGGGGACAUAUUUGAAUGUGCUGGAUUGAACUCUUCCUUUCCCUGAACCUCUGGGUCCCCUCCAGCCAGCUCUUUGGCGGUAGCUCCCACUGGCCCACAUGGGCCUGAGAGCUGCUGUGUUUACUUGUGCCUUCCUCCCACCCCAUCCAGUUUUCCUGUCACUCAGGCUUGUCACUGUCCUACAAGCCUUAGUGGCUGAACCACUGCCCCCUGCCAUAUAAGGGGCUGGGCCUGGAUCUGUUUCCUUUGAGGGCUGGCACUGCUACCCUUAGCAGGAGCAGAUUCAAGAGUAAGAGCUGUGGAGACAAGAGUAGCUCUAAUUGGGACACGAGUUUGGGUUCCUGGGCCUGCCCUUGGUUGACACUGAUGGCACAGUUCCUUGGCUGAGGAUGGAUGUUGUGGGAAAUCCUGCCAAAGCUGUCCCAGCGCCUGGCUAUCCAGCUGAGAGGUGCCACCGCCUGGCCCUGCUGAGUUGAGUGUCCAGGAAGCAUCCAGAAGAUGCCAAGGGAGGGUAGGAAGGUGGCUGACAAUUAUUGUCUUCCUAAUAUGCAGGUUCUCCCCUCCCACUUCAGCAUCGGCCCUACUGGCCUCUGCUUUC